GUAGUCUGCUGUGAAGCUCUUCUUCCGUAUCACGAUCGCCGUUGCCGUCGUUGUCGUCGUCGUCGUCGUAGUUUUCCGUCGCCAAAAAAUCAUUGCUUUUCGGAAUCCAAGAGCUGUGGAAAAGGUGCCAACAUGAGUGUCGAUGCGGCCAUUCCUCCACCAGCGGAUUCCUCCAAGGUGAUGAAUGGAAUGAUCGACCGGCCAAACGGGGUGAGCAACGGUCAUUCGGGAAGUGGUGGUGAAAACGGCGAUCGGCAUAAAAGUCACAAAAGCUCGAGCAAGGAUAAGCAUCGGGAUAAGGAUCGGGACAAAAAUCGCGAGAAGGACAAGCACCGCGAUAAGGAUCGCGAGCGGGACAAGGACAAGAGUCGCGACAAACACAAGAGCAGCAGCAGCCACUCGUCCUCUUCGAAGAGCGGAACCACCAGCUCGUCAAAAGACAAAGAGCGUUCGUCGGAUAAGGAGAAACAUAGUUCCAGCAGUAGCAGCAACAAGGAUAAGGAAAAGAGCAGCAGCCACCACAGCAGCUCUUCGACGCACAAAAGCUCCAAAAGUGAUAAGGACCGGUCGAAGGAUAAGGAACGGGACAAAGACAAACAUCGAUCGCGCGAGGAUGGCAAGGAUCGGAGCGAUCGAGACAGGAAGGAUAAGGAGCGCGACAAAAGCAGCCGUAGUAGCGAUAAGGACAAGGACAAGCACAAAUCAUCUUCCUCUUCCUCGUCCAACAAGGACAAGGAUCGGGAUAAGCAUAAGAGCAGCAGCAGUAGCGGUGGCACCGGCAGCUCCAGCCGUGACAAAGAUAAGGACAAGAACAAACAUUCCAGCUCGAGGAAAGAUAAGGACAAGCACUCUUCGUCGUCCUCUUCCAAGCACAAGGACCACCGUCGCCGAGAGGAGAAAGAGCGGGAGGAAGGAGCGCCGCAGCAGGGUAGCGAGGCGGUAAAGGUGAAGGAAGAACCGGACUCAGUUCCGCAAGCGUUUUUAAAUGGCGAGGGUCACAUGCAACAGCAAACUGGCACACAGCUGGACAAUCGGGCAGGGGGAGGAGGAGGAGGAGUCGGGGUCGGCAAGCCACCGCACGAUCCGUUGGACAUUUCGCAGGCCAGCUCAUGCGAUUACUCGAUGUCUCAGUUCCGGGCUGAUGAGACACCGUUCGCACUUAAAGCCGAAACGAUGGACCACAACACUUCCAACCAGGAUGAAGAUUAUCAGGAAAAUGACGAUGAUGAGGGUGACGACGAGAGCCGUUACAAUGACUUCAACAACGAAAACGGCCACCACGAACAGCAACAACACCAACAUCAACAACAGCUACAACAGCAACAGCAUAUGUACCAACAGCAGCAGCAGGGAUACUUUGGUGGAAUGCAGCAACAGCACGAACAGUAUCAGGCGGAUGUGGCGGCCGCGAUCAAACAGGAGCAGUACGAGGUUAAGCAGGAGCACCAAUCCGGUCGGGAGGAUGAAUCUGAAGACGAUAUACCACUGUCGAAGCGUAAGAAGAAGGAUGUGGACGAAGGAUAUGAGGAUGGAGGCAAGAAGAAGAAGAUAAAGACGGAGAAAAAGGACAAGAAGAAAAACAAGAAGCGUUCGUACGAAUCCGAUGAUGGGGGAAACGACGACGAUGAGGAGGAGGAUGUCGACAACAAGAAGAAAAUUAAAAAGACCAAGAUCAAGAAGGAGGCGCCCGCAGCAACGCAGAAUGCAAAGAAGAACACCAAGCAGGCCAAGACUGCUGGAGGAGCAACACAAUCAAGUCCAACGAAGGCUGGCCGAGUAAAGAAGGAAGAGGAGGAACAGGAGGUGUGGAAAUGGUGGGAAGAGGAAAAGCGUGACGAUGGAGUGAAGUGGAAGUAUUUGGAACACAAAGGGCCGGUAUUUGCACCACCGUACGAACCACUGCCCCGGCACGUAAAGUUCGAGUACGAUGGCAAGGAAAUGUUGCUCUCCCAGGAUGCGGAAGAGGUGGCCGGAUUUUAUGCACGUAUGCUGGAACACGAUUACACCUCGAAGGCAGCGUUCAACGACAAUUUCUUCAAAGAUUGGCGCAAAACGAUGACACAGCACGAGCGUGAACGGAUUACGGACCUACGCAAGUGCAACUUCCGUCCUAUGGCUGCCUACUUUGCCGAGCAAGCGGAAAAGAAUCGGAACCGUACGAAGGAAGAAAAAGCGGCUUUGAAGGCGGCCAACGAACAGCUAAUGAAGGAGUACGGCAUUUGUGUAAUCGACGGGCAUAAGGAAAAGAUAGGAAACUUUAAAAUUGAACCGCCCGGUCUGUUCCGAGGCCGAGGUGAACAUCCGAAGAUGGGACUGGUGAAGAGGCGCGUCAUGCCCGAGGAUGUCAUCAUCAACUGCUCGAAGGAUAGCAAAAUACCGUCCCCACCGGCAGGCCACCGAUGGAAGGAGGUGCGCCACGAUAACGCCGUGUCGUGGUUGGCCUCCUGGACCGAGAAUGUGCAGGGACAGGUGAAGUACAUCAUGUUGAAUCCAAGCUCCAAGCUAAAGGGCGAAAAGGAUUGGCAGAAGUACGAGACCGCCCGCCGGCUGCUGAAGCACAUUGACCGCAUUCGCGAAACGUACCGCGACGAGUGGAAGAGCAAGGAGAUGCGCAUCCGCCAGCGUGCCGUAGCGAUGUACUUUAUCGAUAAGCUUGCCCUGAGAGCGGGCAAUGAAAAGGACGACGAUCAGGCGGAUACGGUCGGUUGCUGUUCGCUGCGCUACGAACACAUUGCGCUGCACAAGGAACUGAACGGGAAGGAGAAUGUGGUUGUGUUUGACUUUCUCGGUAAAGAUUCCAUCCGGUACUACAACGAGGUGGAGGUGGAGAAGCGCGUGUUUAAGAAUUUGGAGCUGUUCAAGGAGAACAAAAAGCCCGGCGACGACCUUUUCGACCGGUUAAACACCUCAGUGGUGAACGAAUAUUUGAAGGGAUUGAUGGAUGGGCUUACUGCCAAGGUAUUCCGUACGUUUAACGCUUCGUACACGCUACAGAAACAGUUGGAAGAACUGACGGACCCAGAUGCUUCGGUCCCGGAGAAGCUGCUCGCUUACAACCGCGCUAACCGGGCAGUCGCUAUCCUGUGUAACCAUCAACGGGCGGUGCCGAAAACGCACGAGAAAAGCAUGGGCAAUCUUAAGGAAAAGAUUCGUGUGAAGCGCGAGCAGAUUGACCAGUGUCAAAAGGAAUUGAAGGAUCUCAAAAAGAGCAACGUUCGUGAUCCAAGUGCGUUCGAGAAGAAAAACAAGCAGCUGGAAAGACUCAAGGAUCAGCUGAAAAAGCUGGAACUACAGGAAACGGACAGGGAUGAAAACAAGACAAUUGCUCUUGGCACGUCCAAGCUGAACUAUUUGGAUCCUCGCAUUUCCGUCGCUUGGUGCAAGAAAUUCGGCGUUCCAAUAGAGAAGAUUUUCAACAAAACGCAGCGUGACAAGUUCCGGUGGGCAAUCGAUAUGGCUGACGAGAACUACGUGUUUUAAAGUGACAGUUUGGUUCAACAAUGCUGUUGCCGUCGUCGUCGGCUAGUGUCUGUCUGUCUGUCCCGUGGGCCCGCGUUGAGUUGUAUUCUCAACGUCCGUAAAGUAAAGUAUCCCCCUCCCUUCUGCUCUGCUCUGUUGUGGGUUGGUAGACCGUGAAACAUAGCCCAUAAAAAAUCGAUCGGCGAAGCAAACUAUACUUCCAGUGGAGAAGGAGGGGAGAAACCCCUUACAGGAAGGAGGGCAGGAAAUGCGAGGUUCGUGUUUUUUUAAACGUUUCCUCACUCGGAAGAUCGCGCCGAAAAAUGGUUGCAAGCCUCUUGAUGCAAUUACAUCAAUUCAUAGAUAUAUAUAUUUUUUAUUUGCUAAGAUUUGAACGCGUCGCAACGCGAUGCGGACAGAGGUAACGUUGUGCGUGACGUGGAAAUGUUGGUUGGUUAUCUUUUAUUUUAAGAUAUAUCAUUUCAGUAGUGCACAGCAGAAUGCAAGACGACGACAACAACAACCAUUACUAUAAAUACACACAAACACACACACAACAUUUGCUAGCGUAAAACAUUCAUGAAACCCCCCAUGGUUUGGUCAUUCAAAACGUGAUACGAGCGGGCGCUAGUAAUUUCCUAUUUUUUGUGCAAAAAAUCGUUGCAUACGAUCUUUAAACCUAGAACAAACCUUCACUAGCGAAGCAGGACCGCGGGGGAUAUAGCUGUAGGGUUAGUUGUGUCGUUUCGUUGUUUUUUCCUUCUUCCUUCUGUGAAGUUCAGUUCAUUAGCGACAAAUGCUUCUCGUUUUGGAAUACAAACAAGCAAACAAAAAAGCACGUGUAAAAAGAUACAUUGAUAAGAGUGAAAUGCUAGGAGUGUAGGUGAAGGGAGAGAGAGAGAGAUCCGCGAGGAAGGGUCGAUAGGAGGGAGGGAGAAGACGCAGGGGAAAGCAAGAACGGGCUACUACGAACGAAACGUUUAAUUUAUUUUAGUAAAAUUCCCAUCAAUCAAACACACCGCAAAUCGACUAUCUUUCAGCAAACGGGGCGAACGUGUUAGGCAAAACGUGUAAUUCAUCAAAUCGUUUUAGUGUGUGUAUUGCGCGUGUCAGCGCGGACAGAGAACGGUCCGAGACGGUCGUAUUGUGGAGGUGUGCGUGUGCGUGGUAGAGUUUGGUUUUUGAUUUUAGUAAAAAGAGAGAAGAAAAAACGAACAUAAACAAUUAGAUAAAUUAACAUAAAAAUCGUACAAUCGAGAUCGGCGGCAGAGAUAAGCGGCCACCGGUGUGAAAAGAAAGGUGGUAUGUAUGGGUGAGUGUUUAGUUAGCGUUUAUUCUGCAACCAAGUGUGUUUCCUUCUUUAUUUUCCUAGAGAGAGACUAUAAUAGCUCACCGUUAUCUCUCUCUCCCUCUCUCUCUAUUAAUACUUGAAAUGCAAUACGUUUUUUCGUCUGCUGUAUGCACGCAUUCUCUUCCACGCAGAAACACGCCUAUCAUUGGCCCCCGAUAGCCACUGAUGGGGGUUUGCAAACCUCUGCACAAUCAUUUUAUGUUAAGCCGUAUUAUUUGUAGGCGUAGAGGCCCUGUGUUUUUUUUUAUUAUAGUUUUGUUGUGUAACACCGACGUUACUACAGGAGUGCACUUCGGGCGUAAGCGAAAUCAAUGUAAAGUACUUUGAUAGGGAUAAAGAUGACUCAAACAAGAAAAUAUAUAUAUUAAAACUCAAGCAAAAAAAAACUACAGUAAUGGGGGGAUGAUUCGGCGGGAAAAAAGAAGGUACAGCAUCAGCUUGUCGUAGUUGUCGAGGGAGGGAAGUGACAUUAAUUUUAAAGUAAAACGAAAAAAAAAAGCGGAACACACGUUGCCGACUGCCUGCUAACGUCGAAGACCACACGAGAAAUAAGCAACGGCCGUGUGGGUUUUCGUUGUUUUCUUUUCUUUUUUUCUGUUAGCUAAUUGUGUGCAUUGGAACCAUUUCCGAAAUGUUGGGUCGGAUAUACACUAAACAACAUCAACAUAAUCCAUCCCCGUCCCCCCAAACAGAGGAUGGCCGAUUGGCAAGAAGCGUUAGCUUUGUAGGUAACGUGUGAGACGUAACGUUUCGCUAAACAAAACAGAUACAACAGAAAAACGAAAGGUGAUAAGGGCCCACUACACGAGGCGCUGCGAUCUUCAUGAAUUGGCCUCUCCACAAAAGUCCAACCCAUCGUCGUCAUAUCCAUACCAUACCGAUGAUCAUCUGCAAAAACAAAAAAGGGAAAAUUAGUUUUUUUGUUUGCAAUAUUCGAUUUUUAAACGAUUCAGUCGAGAAUAUAUAUAGAUUUAGUGUAGUAGAAUGAAUAAUAUGCAAUUACCUAGACAUUCAAUUCAGGUACGCGAACAAACAUACAUGAACUGAGUGAUCAUGAUGAUGAUGCGGAAAGAAAAGGAAAACCAACCACCAUACACCAUUUUAUGGGUACCGCCGAAAUAGAAAGCUAAGGAAAAGGACAUACACACACACGACGGCAUGGUAUUGGGUUGGUGAGACACGAUACGAAUUGUUAUGAACAAGGGCUUAUAGUGCCGUGCCGUGAUGCUGUCCAUGCACGUGCGGCAAGGACGGAAAAGCGGAACACUACUCUACUGUAACAGUAAAACAAAAAAAAACACAAUGGCGGAACAUAGUGUUUGUAAGCAGCAGCAACAAAACACACACACAAACCAACAAACAAACAAAACAAAAUUACUUAGGAACAUAUUGAGGAGAGAGAAGUGCGAAAUGGCUGAUGAAUGAUGAUUUGAUGCAGAUAAUACAUGAUUUAAAUAAAUAACUUUAAGUGAAAAAUGAA